AUGACAACGUCAAUGGGACCUUCAACAUUUGGUGUGGUACAUCCACCAGCAUGUCUCCUUUGUGGUAUCGAUGUUCUCAACAGAAUCGACCUUGGAAUAGUAACCAACUUACGGGCUCUGCUGAAGCAGGAUCGAUGGAAAUUAGACACUGGCAAACAUAUUUUGGUGCCCGCAACCGAAAUAGAGGAUAAAGAAUUCAUCCGGAAUCCUAUAUUAUCAUCCUGCUACUUUCGAGCAGUUGUCAAACUUCCUUCUUCUCGCAAAUUGCACCUCACAGGAAUCGGAUCACAAGCAAUGUCUCGGCAGCCAGUUACAUCAGGUCGCGAACAGCCCUUUUUAUACUACCUCCCAAGGGAUGUUAGCACCGCACGAGUCUGUGGACAUAUUCGUCCAACCCUCACAUUCAACAACGCUACACCGAAGUCUACCCUGCUGGACACAUCUUUCACUAUCACUGUUGGGAGAUACUCGGUCAUCUCAUAG